AUGGAUCGGUUGGUGAAUACCGACUUACAAGAAUACAAGAGCCAUCUGUCGCGAGCGAAAAAGAGGAAAAUAGGAAGACUUAAGAGAGUAGCUCUUUCCAACAUUUACCGUAAUUGCGAAGUUACUACAGAUCGUUUAUCCUUACACGGCCGGGGACGGCGGGUAAACAGCAACACUUGGAUGGUGGACUCUCAAGAUAUUCGUUCAGUGAGUAUUCCCAAACUGAAGCCAAGCGUAUCUCAGUGGAUUGCAAAGCUCAUCUCGCAGGUACAGAACGAGACGAUGCCAGGUGUCGUUGUGAAAUUUCUGGCCUUUGUUGAAGAGGAAAUGAUGCAGCCUGAGAGGGUCCAGAGAGCUGACUGUCCACGGGUCCUUGAAUUCUUCCAUGAGUAUAUGGAUAAAGUAGUUCAGAGCAAAGAGCCUUCAUCAUAA